AUUUAUUUAAAACUCACAAACAAAAUACGAAUUUAGUAUAGUAAGGAGCCGGACGCGAAACGGUUUAAAGCUCUUAAAAUCAUUGGAGACUAUUGUGUAGCAGUGUAGUCAUGUCGCAAAAUAAUAAAAAACUAACAAUUGCAACCUGCCAAUUGCCAUGUGGCCACGAUGUGACCACAAACGUACAAAAUGCUGUUGAUGCCAUUAAAGAGGCCAAGCAAAUGAAUCCCAAAGUACAAUUGGUGAUUUUACCCGAAAGUUUCAAUGCUCCUUAUGGUGUGGAGUAUUUUGCCAAGUAUGCCGAAAAAGUGCCUGAAGGACCAACAUGCCAGACUUUAUCGAUAUUAGCUAAAUCUUUGGGUAUCUACAUCAUUGGUGGCAGUAUAAUUGAGCGUGCUGAUUCGGAUAAGUUGUACAACACCUGCACUGUUUGGUCACCUGAGGGCAAACUUAUUGGCAGACAUCGUAAGAUUCAUCUCUUCAAUAUUGACAUUGAUGUGGAGAAUGAUGGUGGUGCUAAAUUCAAUGAAGGUUUAGCUUUGUCAGCUGGCAACGACUUUACCGUUGUUGAUAUUUUCAAUCACAAGGUUGGCAUUGGUAUUUGCCAUGACAAGCGUUUUGAUGAACUGGCCCGCAUUUACCGUAAUCAAGGCUGUGAAAUGAUAGUGUAUCCUUCAGCAUUUUGCAUUUGCCAGGGUCCCAUGCACUGGGAACUUUUGCAACGUGCACGUGCCACCGAUAAUCAAGUAUUUGUUGUCACUUGCUCACCAUCACGCAACAAUAUGUCCGGUUAUGUUGCAUACGGUCACUCCAUGAUUGUUGAUCCAUGGGGUCGUGUACAACGUGAAGCUGGCAUUAUGCGUGAAAUUGUUAUUGAUGAAAUUGAUUUCCAAAUGGUCGACGAUGUUCGCCGUCAAUUGCCUUUAUUUGGUCAACGCCGCACUGAUAUGUACAACACAAAUGCCAUAAAGCAAUAAUCAUUUGUGGUUUGACAAAUUGCAUAGUUGAUGAUGAAAUGGCUACUGUUUUAAGUUAUUUUAUUUUGCUUCCUUUCUGUAUUUUUAUAUGAAUGCUAGUGUUUUAUUAAUGUGUGUAAAUAUGUUUUUUUAUGAAUGAUAUUAAAUAAAAUUUAGUUUAAAAAA